AUGAAGCUCUAUCAUCACGUUGAGAAGCAUGAGGAUUUCUUCCUCCCCUACCAAGAUGGUCUCAGCCUCAAGCCUGUCGAAGCUCUUGUGAAGCACGAGAAGGACUUGGGUAUCUCAGACGUUGAGACUGUUCUACCUGCGACUGAAGUGCAGAAGGAUAUUCUCAAAGAGGAUCUGCAAUGGGCUGAGGCAGUGCUCUUCUCUGGAAAGCCAUCUGCUUUGAGCUCUGAGAAAGUCUUUGAUACAUGGAGAUCUUUGGCGUAUCAUCACAUAUGCCUUCGAUCUUACAUCACUGACGAGCCAUCGCCAAAGGUUAUCGUCCAGCGAUGCAUUGAGCCUGUUCAGUGGCGCCGACCUGAAAAAGGGUUUGAAAAGCGUCACCGAGGCUCAGCAUUCCUGACGGUUGAAGCCAACAAUCGUUCUGACGAGAUCAAUCUCGUACUUCACUUCCACCGCGCCCUGAUUGAUACAACUUCCCUGCACACACUCAGACUCGACUGCCUCCUUCAAAUUCAUGGCAUCCCAGGUAUCGAAAGCACUGGCUUUACUGCCUAUACACGAUAUCUUGUACAGCAACGCAAGGAAAUCGACUCAUCCAAAAAGUUCUGGUCCAAAGCUCUGUCAGACAUUGCUCCUCAGUCUAUCUUUGGUCUCGAACCUGAUGCUCUGGAUGGUCAUAACCAAGAUAGACAUGGCGUCAGUGCCGUCAUCCAGGGCUCAGAGCUAGCGAAGCUGAACAGUCUUGAGAAAUCUCAUGGAGAAUCAAAGUCAUGGCGUCAGACGUUCCUCGAAGCAAUCUGGGCUCAUGUCUUAAGCGCUCACUCCGACUCGGAAGAGGUUCUUUUCGGAACUGUCCGUCGAGACGCCAACUUUGUGGGCUCAGAUACAUGCGUCGGAUGCCUUGAUCAAACUUAUCCCGUCAGGCUGCGAGUUCCUACUGGCGAAAGCGCGACCUUCUCUGACCUUUCUGGCUCCCUGGAUGCUUACCAUACGGAAGCCGGUCGUCACGCAUUCAUCGGCUACACUGGAAUCGAAGAGCAGACCCCUAAUGGCAUGCUCAUCGAAACAGCCGUCAGUUACAGUCAGACAACCAACACUCCUUGUAUUGCCCCCAGCUUGAGGAGGUUCCCCGUCGUGUUGUGCAUCAACGACGCCAGCGCAUUACAACUCGCCAUCAAAUGCACAACCAAGAUCCCACCCGAAAAGGUCGAAUUGGUGUUUAAACAUUUUGUCUCGGCAAUUUUCAGUGCGGCGCAAGGCUUGAGCUCCACGGACAAGUUCCCUCUAUCAGACGUAGAACUUGCUUCGGAGUCUGAAAAGCGUCUCAUGCUAUCCCGAUCAGUCAGCACCCGCAAGGUACAGCCUACGACUAUCCCUGCUAUGUUUGAGAAGACUGCAGCUCGAUACCCUCAAAGAGUCGCAGUUGAUUUUCAGGGCGAUGCCACCCUCACAUUCUCCCAGCUCAACAGCCUUUCCAAUCAACUCUCAAGGAAGUUGAGGCUACAAAAAGGUGUUGUUUAUCCUAUCUUGGCUGACAGGUCCCUGGAUCUGGUCGUGACUAUCCUGGCGGUGCUUAAGGCUGGGGCAGCCUACACUGUCCUUGACCCAGAAUCGUCGGUCAGUCGCCUCGAGCAAGUCGUCAACGACUGCAAUGCAGCAGCAGUUCUCUCUACUCGCAGAUACAUGAACAUGCUCCCCAACACUGUCGAUAUUGGACAGGAUUACACUCGCCUAAGCCCGGAGGCCGGAAGCCUACCGGAUAACGUUGGCAACAUCGACGUACAUAUCACGCCUCAAGACCGUUGUUACAUCAUCUACACAUCUGGCAGCACAGGGAAGCCCAAGGGCGCAGUACUCACCCACGAAGCUGCCACGAGUGGUAUGCAGCAUCACUCUCUGAACAAGCUGAACCGGUGGCUUCUCUUCUACAACCCAAGUUUCAGCGCUGCUCAACGCACCAUCUUGAGCACUCUUGUCAACGGCGGAACCCUAGUGUUGGCACCCAAAGAGGCCCUCACUCGGGAUCUCGCAGGAGUCAUUAACGGGCUUUCGGUAGAUGCCCUCGGAAUCACUCCUUCUGCCCUGUCCCUUCUGUCGCCCAAGGAUGUCCCCAAUCUCAAAAGCAUCACGCUCGUGGGUGAGCAAACUCCUCAAGAGCUUGUGAACACUUGGUCUUCUGUCAAGGGCCUUACACUGAGGAAUACCUAUGGGUUGAGUGAAUGUACGCAGCUCAACUUUGGAAGACAACUCGCUACAGUUGAUGGGCGCGUUCCGAACCCUCGCAUACUGGACCCGCCAGUUGACACAACCAGCGUCUUCAUCCUUCGUCAUGGUAGCCUUGAGCUCUCACCACUACUUGUGUUCGGUGAGCUCUGUCUCGCCGGUCCGCAGCUUGCGAAAGGCUACAUAAACGAGCCAGGAUUGACCGAGAAAGCAUUCAUCGCCAACACAUUCGGUCCUGGAAAGCUUUACCGGACUGGUGAUAAGGCUAGAUGGCUUCCAAAUGGACAAAUCGAGAUUGAAGGACGCGUCGAUAUGCAGGUCAAGAUCAAUGGGCAAAAGGUCGAACCUGCGGAAGUCGACCGUCUUUUAGUGUCAAUCGACGCUAUUAAGGGAGCUGUGACCUUUUCGGUUAAGAUUGAAGACCGUCAAGUUUUGGCUACCGGUGUUGUGGUCGACGAUGCUGCUUAUUUCAGAGAUGCAGUCAAUGCAGCGAGGAACCAUCUCCGUGCCAACCUGCCAGUCUUCAUGACGCCUACUCUUUGGAUUCCUCUUGAGUCGGUACCCAGGAAUGGAAAUGGCAAGCUCAACUAUCACUUGCUGCGCAGUCAAGCUAAAGAGCUCGGGUUCGCCGGCUUUGCCAAGCUCAUGGAGUUGGGCAAUACGGAAAAUGCGGACGAUAUGCUGACCGAUGUUGAAGAAAAGAUUGCAUCUGUGUGGGCGAACUCUCUAAAGAUUGACAUUUCUGUCGUUCGCCGAUCCCAUUCCUUUACUGACCUUGGAGGAACUUCCAUUGAGGCCAUACGCGUUGUGUCAGAGCUACGUGAACACGGUCUAGCUACCAAACUCGGUGACCUACUUGGUUACGUCUCUCUGGAAGACGUUGCUACUCGAUCUCAGACUCUUGGUGCGGAUGAUAAGCAAGACCCGGAGCCUUUCUCACUCCUCCAGGACGAGAAGCUGCUUUCAGAGUUGAAGGAGAGCGAUGGUAUCAGCGACGCUUAUCCUGUUACGCCAUUCCAAGAAUCUAUGUUGGUGUCAGUCAACUCACCUUCGGAUCCAUACACUUACUCUCGAACUUGGGAUGUUAGUCAACUUGAUCUUGUCCGACUCAGAAGCAGCUUUGAAGAGGUGUUCAGGUCUCGCGAGAUCUUGCGAACCGUGUUUGUUCCAUACAAACAGUCCUUUGUGCAGACAAUAAGGACCAACCUGGAGCUCCCAUGGUUUGAGAGUCGACAGACACUAGAAUCCUUCCAGGAAAGGGGUAGUGCUCAUCAAUGGGACAUUGAAAAGCCUCUUUGGAAAGCAACUCUCACAUCAGACCAAGCUCUGGUCGUGACAAUGCACCACUCACUGUUCGACUUUUGGUCUCACGGUUUCCUGUAUGAUGAUGUAGCAGCAGUCUACACGGGCAGUGAUAUUCCUCAACGCCCAAGCCUAAGCCGGUUUAUUCGACAUUUGCAACAAGAGUCGUCUUCAGCCAGCACAUCAUUUUGGUCCGGGUAUCUCGAAGGAGCUGAAGUACUCAAGCUGAACAGCAACCAGCUGUACAACACUAGCAAACUCGAGUUCGAUCUUGGCUACAGUCUCACCACACGCUCUAGGAGUGUUGGGUUGACUCUCGGAGCAGUAGUUUACAGCGCUUGGGCCAUCGUUCUCUCUCGACAGAUGGGAACCAAUGACAUCACAUUCGCAACCACUGUUUCAGGAAGAGAAGCCCCUGUCGUUGGUAUUCAUGAUCUUGAUGGACCUGUUAUGAGCACUGUACCACAAAGGAUCAAACUCGAUACCGAAUCUUCCCUUAGGGACGUGGCUAAGAAGACAGUCGCUGCGUUUUCUCAACUACUCAAGCAUUCCCAAGUCGGUAUCGCCGCAGCGCUUAAAGCGGGUGACAUUGGUGCACAAGAGAUCGACACUCUCGUCAACAUCUUGAUUGACGCGAACAAUACCGAGAGACCAAGAAAGUCCCAUGAGGUCUUCAAGAUGCGUGGCCCGAGGCCUCAGUGGGAGUCUGGACACGGCAUGACUGUUCUGGAGGUUCAAGAGCCACAAGGCCAGAAUAGUUCUACCAUGCUUCGACUUUCAAGCAACAUGGACCCUCGACGCUUGGGAUUUAUCAAAGAUUCUUUUAUCGAGGUUUUGGACCUUUUCUGCGAAAAGCCCGAUUCCAUCCUUUCGUCUACCAACAUCAUGGGUGCUGCCGAAUAUGAUCUGGUCUUCAACCAACUUUCCAACCGUAUGAGACUCCGCGUUCCAGAACCAGAGUAUCUUUACAGCGCAUUCAAGAGAAUUGCACAAGAGACUCCAGAUGCUAUCGCCAUUGACUUUGACAACACGACAACCAUCUCAUACGGAGCCCUAGACAAACUCGCAAAUCGGUUUGCUCAUACCCUCAUCGACGCUGGAGUACAACCGGGGGAUCUUGUGCCCAUCAUGCUUGACAAAUCAGUUGAUAUGAUGGUCGUCAUUCUUGGUACAAUGAUUGCUGGGGCAGCGUACGUUCCUUUGAGCCCCGACAAUCCCACGGAUAGAAACUCCUAUAUUGUGUCUGAUACGGCAGCAAAACUCAUUGUUGUCCAUCCUGGGUACGUCGAGUUUGGUGAUCAUGUCAAGGAAUCACUUGGGGUUGAGACACUGGUGAUGAAAGGCUACCAAGAUUUGAGGUCGACCAAUUCGAGAGGCGAGGAUACAGAUUCUUGCCCUGUUGUCCAUCAUACUCCAAACAACCUCGCAUAUCUCAUCUACACUUCCGGAAGCACAGGACUCCCCAAGGGCGUCAAGGUUCCGCACAGAACUGCUGCUGCAGCCGUUACAAGCAUGGUACAGGUUGAAGGUCGCCACCAAGGCGUGUGGAGGACCUUGCAGUUCGCCAACUACGUAUUUGACGCAUCGGUUCAAGAUUUCUUCAACACUCUUAGCAGUGGCGGCACACUAUGCAUGGCCCCUACAGACGUCUUACUCUCCGACAUUGCAGGCUGUAUCAACCGAAUGGAUGUCCAUCAGGCUAUCAUCACACCAACUGUUGCAAAAUUACUCAACCCAGCCGAUGUCCCACGAUUUGAGACACUGAUCGUUGGAGGUGAACCUCUGACUCCAGAUGUCAUCAAGACUUGGGCACCACACUGCAACAUCUUGAACGUCUACGGACCAACAGAGACAUCCAUGGUGGUAACUACCAAGGGGAUCGAGUCACUUUCCGACAGCCAUGUUGUCGGUAAUAUUGGUGCUCCGUUUGAUACCGUCAUGGCCUUCAUCCUUGAUCCAAAUGGCGAGACACUACAGCCUUACGGUGCCGUCGGAGAGCUGUGCAUAGCUGGGCCUCAGGUAACAGAUGGUUACAUUAAUCGUCCUGAGCUGACGACCGCUGCAUACGUCGAUAGCGCUCAGCUUGGAGUCCGAAUCUACAGAACUGGGGAUUUGGCACGAUGGCUACCUGAUGGUGAGAUCGAGUGUCUUGGUCGCAAGGAUAACCAGGUCAAGAUUCAUGGUCAUCGUAUCGAACUUGGAGAGGUUGAGAAUUCCAUUCGGAACUCUGGUCUUGUCAAGGAUUCGAUUGCUGUGGCUGCCAAGGUUCAUGAUAAGGUCCACCUAGUUACAUUCUGUACCUUCAACCAUGAUUUUGCGGCUGAAAUAGAUAGCACUGGCAUCCUCGACCCUUCCACACUGAGAGACACGUUUACGAGCCUGCACGAGAAACUUGGAUCGUUGGCAACUUAUAUGAUCCCCAAGUUUGUCAUUCCCAUGGCCGACUUUCCCAAGCUAUCUUCCCGAAAGGUUGACCGCAAGGCAUUGAAGAAGAUGCUAGAAGACCUCGAUCGGGACUUGUUAGCACAAUGCGUGCUUGAGUCUCCAAGCCAAGGCCAUACCAUCGUGCCGGUAGAGACUCUAUCUGAGAUUGCUUUGGAAUCGGUUUGGUCGGACAUCUUUGGUUUGCCGACUGAUAGAAUUGGGCGUGAGGCAAACUUCUUGGCUUUGGGAGGCGAUUCAAUCUCGGCAAUCAGCCUCACUGGUCAUCUUCGCAAACUGGGCUAUCAUCUUACAGUACUCGAUAUUCUCCAAUCUCCGAAACUUAGGGACAUGGCUUCUACGAUGCGAAGAUUGGAGACAGAAGCAGGAGGCAAGAAGAUGGUUUUCAAAGUUCCAGAAACUGUCAAGGAGGCUGCUGAAGAGUCUGGGCUAACGUGGGAUGAUGAUGUUGAAUAUGCAUAUCCUUGCCCACCCGGCCAAGCAGAGUUCUUGAAACAAGGUGGUCGAGACUCGCAGAUGUGGGUGCUCCAGACCGUGCGACGCAUGACUGGUGUUAUCGAACCUGAUGCUUGGAUUAAGGCCACCACGCAACUGACGGAAACCAACGACAUCUUACGCACGACUUGGCUAGAGGCUUCUCCUGGGAACUGGGUAGGAGUUGUUCUUCGCGAUGCGCAGCUCAAAGUCACAACUAUCGCCCUGGACUCGGAUGAGGAGAUGUCCAACUUUCUCGAGGACUUCUGGCAAGCACGCUUUGAGUUCGGUCGCCCUUUCAUCAAAUAUGCCAUCAUCACUCAUUCAGACUCUUCGUGGGACCUGGUCAUCAAGAUGGAUCAUGCGGUAUACGACGGAACCCUUCUACGUGUCUUUGAUCAACAUUUCGAGAACAUUCUACAAGGCAAACCAGUGCCUCCCCGCGUUGAGUUCCGUGAUUUUGCUCAACAUGUCUUUGAGCAAGACAAACCAAUGGCGCUUGGGUACUGGAAAGACAAGUUUGCCAAAGCAGGCCAAGCAUCUCAGGUUCUUUAUGACCGAGAUCUGAGUGGAGUGACUGAACCUCGAGUCACUGCCAGCUUCAAGAUGACGAUGGAUACACGUGGCAUUGAUCAAGUGGCAAGGAACUAUGGCGUCACCCCCAGCAUUAUCUUCCAGGCGGCCUUCACACUUUGGUUAGCUAGGGCGACCAAGAGUGACAAUGUUCGCUACGAUUAUCUCCUCAGCGGACGAAACGUGGCACUUCCUGACCCUCAGUCUAUCAACGGAACACUAGCCAACUUUUUGCCGAUCUGGACAGGAACUAGCUCGACUGAGAAGGUGUCGGAUCUUCUUGUGAGGUUGCAAGAGGACUUCUGGGCCGUCACGGAGAAUGGUCUAGUCGGACUUGACGAUGUUUACCAGACACUGGGUGUUUCUCGCAAGGCUCAUGGGAACAAAGUCUUGUUCCUGUCACAGCCAUUCGACCCAGUUCCCUUGGAUGACCAGACAACCCGCAAUCGAUGGCUUGUCAUGGCCAAGUCAAAGGUGCGAAUGUAUCAGCCAUACGCGCUUGUUGUGGAGGUAUCGAAGUCCUUUGGUGAUACUUCCAUAUUGAAAGUAAUGUAUGAUGAGACGGUCUUUGAUCAUGCGAUGGCGGAAGCAUUUGGCUCUGAAAUCACUGGGUUAGUGUCGGCUAUGAUGCAGGAUGAAAAGAAGAGUAUGAUUGUCGAGGAAGUCUAA